CGAAAGGAGCGCACCCCGGCGGGACGGGGGCGGGGUUAGAGGGAAAACAGGACAUUUCCUGGUGAGCUACAACACAGGAAGAUGAAUGUUGGCGUAGCUCACAGCGAGGUGAACCCCAACACACGGGUGAUGAACAGCAGGGGAAUAUGGCUCACCUACCUAUUGCUGACCGUCGUAUUGCACAUUGUCCUACUCAGCAUUCCUUUUUUCACCGUGCCACUUGUCUGGACCCUCACCAACCUGAUUCACAACCUGGUGAUGUACCUGUUUCUACACACAGUGAAAGGCACCCCCUUUGAAACGCCCGACCAAGGCAAAGCUCGUCUGCUCACACAUUGGGAACAGAUGGACUACGGGGUCCAGUUCACGUCUUCACGCAAAUUCCUCACCAUCUCCCCAAUUGUUCUGUAUAUUCUCACCAGUUUCUACACAAAAUACGAUCCCACACAUUUUUUCGUCAACACGUGCUCCCUCCUGAGCGUCCUCCUCCCAAAGCUGCCACAAUUUCAUGGAGUACGGAUAUUUGGCAUCAACAAAUACUGACCGAACUCGAAGCUGCACUUUAACCACCAGUACUGGACGUCUAGUUUUCUGUGCCUGCUGAACUGUUUUGUGUUUGGAAAAUGAGAAGCAGAAAAAUCAGUUAGCUGUACAUACAGUGUGGAGAAAGGUAAAGAAGUAAAUGCUGUUGUAUCGUUAAAGAAUUAUUUUUUUUCUGACAUUCCAGAUAUUAAAAACUAGGAAUAUUUAUUUUGUUUCUGAGAGAGACCAAAGUUUGAAAUGCACUGCUUUACGAGUGUGAUAUUUGGUCAACUUUUUCCUUUUUGUCUGCAUUGGCUGCAAGUCCAUGUGAAGUUGAGUGUUUUGUUCUUGCCUUAUCUGUGAAUUAAUGUCUCAAUCAUUGUGGCAGUUACUUUGUGUUUUGUGCAGCAUGCAUUCACACAACUUCAAUAAACACAUUUGCUAUGAUAUAUAUCUAUAUA